AUGAAGGCCUUCACCCUCGCAUCCCUCUCCCUUCUCGGAGCCGUCACUGCCCAGCAGGUCGGCAAGGAGCAGACCGAGAACCAUCCCAAGCUGUCAUGGCAGACUUGCACGGGUACCGGUGGAAGCAGCUGCCAAACCAAGCAAGCAUCCAUUGUGCUCGACUCCAACUGGCGAUGGGUUCACGUCACCAGCGGCUACACCAACUGCUACACGGACAACACGUGGAACACGACCUCCUGCCCCGAUGGUGCCACCUGCGCGAAGAACUGCGCCGUUGAUGGUGCUGACUACUCUGGUACCUACGGUAUCACGACCAGCGGCAACGCCCUUACCCUCAAGUUCGUCACCAAGGGCUCGUACUCCACCAACAUUGGUUCCCGUACCUACCUCAUGGAGUCGGAUACCAAGUACCAGCUGUUCAACGUGAUUGGCAAGGAGUUCACCUUCGAUGUGGAUGUCUCCAAGCUGCCUUGCGGUCUUAACGGCGCUCUCUACUUCGUCGAGAUGCCUGCCGAUGGCGGUAUCAACAAGGGCAACAACAAGGCUGGUGCCAAGUACGGAACUGGCUACUGCGAUGCUCAGUGCCCCCAUGACAUCAAGUGGAUUGAGGGUGCCGCCAACUCUGAGGGAUGGACCCCGUCCGAAAACGACAAGAAUGCCGGCAGCGGCAAGUAUGGCGCAUGCUGCCCGGAGAUGGACGUCUGGGAGGCCAACUCCGUUGCCUCUGCGUACACUCCCCACCCUUGCAGCAAGAACGGUCUCACCAAGUGCUCUGGCACGGAGUGCGGUGACGGCGACGAACGCUAUAGCGGUACCUGCGACAAAGACGGCUGCGAUCUCAACCCCUACCGCAUGGGUAACACGGACUUCUACGGCCCCGGCGCCACCAUCGACACGACCAAGAAGUUCACCGUCGUCACGCAGUUCAUCGGCUCGGGCACCAAGCUCCAGGAGAUCAAGCGCUUCUGGGUGCAGAACGGCAAGACGUACGCGACGCCCGAGACGACCUUUAGCGAGAUUGGCGGCAACUCCAUCACGGACGCGUGGUGCGAGAAGCAGAAGACGCACUUUGGCGACAACAACCACUUCAAGCAGAUUGGCGGCCUCGCCAAGAUGGGCGAGUCGCUCGCCCGCGGCCACGUCCUCGUCAUGUCCCUCUGGGACGACCACGCCGUCAACAUGCUCUGGCUCGACUCCACCUACCCCACCGACGCCGACCCCAGCAAGCCCGGUAUCGCUCGCGGUACCUGCCCGACCGACUCGGGCAAGCCUGAGGAUGUCGAGACCAAUGCUCCGGACUCGCAGGUCACCUUCUCCAACAUCAAGUUUGGUCCCAUUGGCUCGACUUUCAAGGCUCUGUAA